UCUUCUUCUUCUUCUUUCUCCGCGGAUGCUCAUUAGUGCCGUUAGUCGAGAUGAUGGCAUCAAUAGGGGAUUUCGAUCCGCUCAACACCAGAGUCCCUGCAACUAAAAUAGAAGUUACCGUUUCGUGCAGGAGUCUGCUGGAUGUGGAUACAUUCUCCAAGUCAGAUCCUGUGGUCGUGUUGUAUUUGCAGGCCGUGGGAACCAAAGAAUGGAGAGAGUUUGGCAGGACAGAGGUAAUCGAUAACACUCGGAAUCCAGAUUUCGUCAGGAAGUUUGUCCUGGAUUUCUUCUUUGAAGAGAAACAAAAUCUAAGGUUUGAUGUGUACAAUGUGGACUCCAGAAGCUGUAACAUUUCCAAACAUAAGGACUUUCUGGGCCAGACCUUCUGUACCCUUGGAGAAAUUAUCGGCUCCACGGGAGGGCGGCUGGAGAGAGUCCUCUCUGGGAUUCCAGGGAAGAAGUGUGGAGUCAUUAUCUUUACUGCAGAGGAGCUCAGUAACUGCAGGGAUAUUGCUACCAUGCAGUUGUGUGCCAACAAGCUGGACAAAAAAGACUUCUUUGGCAAAUCCGACCCCUUCUUGGUUUUCUACCGGAGUAAUGAGGACGGGACGUUUACCAUCUGCCACAAGACAGAUGUGAUCAAGAACACACUGAACCCGGUGUGGCAGUCCUUCACCAUCCCUGUUAGAGCUCUCUGCAAUGGCGACUACGACAGGACUGUGAAGGUAGAUGUCUAUGACUGGGACCGAGAUGGAAGCCAUGACUUCAUUGGUGAGUUCACCACCAGCUACAGAGAGCUGUCUCGGGGGCAGAACCAGUUCAAUGUCUAUGAGGUUUUAAAUCCCAAGAAGAAAGGCAAAAAGAAGAAAUACAUCAAUUCUGGAACUGUAACUCUGCUGUCCUUCAAAGUGGAGUCCGAGCAUACCUUUGUGGAUUUCAUCCGAGGAGGAACACAACUGAACUUCACAGUGGCAAUUGACUUCACAGCGUCCAAUGGUAACCCCUCCCAGCCCACUUCCCUCCACUAUAUGAGCCCCUACCAGAUGAAUGCAUAUGCCAUGGCCCUGAAAGCAGUGGGUGAGAUUAUCCAGGACUACGACAGUGACAAGCUCUUUCCUGCCUAUGGUUUCGGAGCUAAGCUGCCCCCUGAUGGCAAAAUCUCCCACGGCUUCCCGCUGAGUGGUGAUGCUGAGAAUCCAAACUGUGUUGGCAUAGAGGGGGUUCUGGAGGCCUAUUUUCAAAGCCUGAGGACAGUGCAGCUUUAUGGACCCACCAACUUUGCACCUGUUAUCAACAAAGUGGCAAACUGUGCAGCAGAGAUUACAGAUGGCUCUCAGUACUUUGUCCUACUGAUGAUCACAGAUGGAGUGAUAUCUGACAUGGUCCAGACCAAAGAGGCUGUGGUCAAUGCAGCAUCACUCCCCCUGUCCAUAAUCAUUGUAGGUGUUGGACCUGCUGAGUUUGAUGCUAUGGAGGAGCUGGAUGGAGAUGAGGUGAGAGUGUCCUCCAGAGGACGUCUUGCUGAGAGAGACAUUGUACAGUUUGUCCCAUUCAGAGACUACAUCGACAGAUCUGGAAACCAGGUUCUCAGCAUGGCCCGGCUGGCCAAAGAUGUCCUCGCUGAGAUCCCCGACCAGCUGCUGUCUUUUAUGAAGAGCCGAGGAAUUGAACCGCGACCGCCCCUCUCCUCCUCGCCGCUACCGGCGUUACACCGGCAUGUCUGACCCCGACACCGCCACGGCCCCUCGCAUCUGCCUUUCCAUCCUGACUCUCUCUCUAUCUCUCUCUUCCCCCCUCUGCUUAUCUACGCUCGCCUCCCAUACAGUCAUUUGUCACUUUAAAAGGAGCAGAAGGAUCAACCCGUGACUUGCCCUCUUCCUCUCUUAUCACCGAUGAAGCCAAACACGCACAUCAAGCCAACACAGCGGGCGCUCAUCCCCGACUGACCUGCUGCUGUUCUUCAUCUUUUCUUCUCUAACUCACCCUGUUAUAUAGCUUUUCUUUUCAUUUACUGUAUGAACGAGCAGUGAGACUGAGCCAUAGCUGUCCCUCUCCUCCCCACUGAGUACCAUCCACAGCUCAACUUUUGAAUUUGUCUGCUAAUUCCCCUCACCAGACACAUUUUUGCACAAAAACUUUUUACUUUCGUCCUUGUGCUCAGCAAGUGUUGACACCAGUCACAUUUGGCAGCAGUCCCAGAAAGUGCAAGACACUCAAUUAAAUUGAAGCUAGUCCCCGAUGGAAGCAGAACUCUUGAUGAGCAAUAUACGCCAGCUUGUAUCAGGUGCUUUGGGGAUAUUUUUGGCCAAGCCUCCACUGUGAUCUAUUGGAGUAAUUGGUCACCAUGAGGACAGGUGUUUGUGAUUUAUCCUUUACCAUCGUCAUUAUCAUUAAGCUGUGACUAAUCUCUUUAAACUCAAAUAGAGGUUGCCCAACAAUUAGUUCAAUCCAGGGGUUUUCAAACUGUGAGAGGCGCCUCCCCAGAGUGUGGGAGAGUUGA